AUGAGGAGCGAAGUUCUCGAAGAAAUGCCCGAAGCAAUAAUGGAAUAUUUCUGUGAACAAGUAUUGAAACGCGAUUGGCCGAACUGUAUUCACGCAUAUUAUUUCAUCAAAAAUGCAUUUCAAUGGAUGCGAAAAAAUUCGGCAUCGAGUUACAAAUUAUACUAUAUUUCUAAUGACGUUGAGAAUGGAACAUUUAUUGGGAUUUUAUCACGACCCGAAGAAGAAUAUCCAGACGUCGUAGUUACAUACACUUGUCCCGGAAACGAAGAACAAUUCCGAAGGAUGCUGUUUAGCACUGAGUACAUCAACUGGCAGAAGAAACCACUGUUCCAAGCUAUACCGUUCAGGAUGAAGGCCAUCGUGGAAACAAUGAUUGAGGAAAAGGGAUUGAAGAGUAAACUAUACUCAAAUGCUGUGCUUAAGUGGAUGCCAGCCGAUGUAGCCGCCAGAUUAGAUUACGAGAUUCCAGAAGAUGUUUUUAUUGACCAAUUGGGCGUGGAUCAUAUUGACUUUAUUUAUUCGCUAUGGAGUCACAGUGACGUUUACCCAAAGUCCGACCUUUGGGAUACAGUAAGGCUCAACAUUGGUUUAGGUGUAUUCAACCGGCAUAAUGGCGAGCUAUUGGCGUGGGCCAUGUGCGGCAGUUACGGAGGUCUUAGUACUUUGAUAGUUCAGCCAGAUUACAGAGGACGUGGUUUUGGUAAGCUGAUUGUGUUGGCAGUAACAAAGGUAAUGGGUGAGAAUGGCGUCUCUCCUCAUGCACUUAUCAAUGAAAAGAACAAAGUUUCAUUGGGCUUGUUUAAGAACGUUGGCUAUGUUAAACAUUCAACGCCAUUACCAUACGUAGUAGUCGAAGACCCGGAUACUUCUGGGCCAUAA